GAGAGUGGCUGUACGUACACAUCGGAAAGUCAGAGCUGAGGAUGAUGAGAAUCCUGGGGGCCCAGGAGACCAUGCCCUGCCCAAAAGCCCAGCCUGAAAGCCUGAAAGACCUGCCCUAAAGGAACCCACAGCAGCUGCCUGGUGAUUCCUACUUGGACCCUGCCCUGUGUGAGCGGUGCCUCAACAUGAGCUGCAGCCUCCACUUGAUCUUCUUGUGUCUAAGUCUCUUCACUCAAAGGAUGUGUGUCCAGGGGAGUAAGUUUAAUAUUGAGGUCAGCAGAAGUGACAAGCUUUCCCUGCCUGGCUUUGAAAACCUCACAGCAGGAUAUAACAAGUUCCUCAGGCCCAAUUUUGGUGGAGAACCAGUUCUGAUAGCAGUGACUCUUGACAUUGCAAGUAUUUCUAGUAUUUCAGAGAGUAACAUGGACUAUACAGCCACCAUAUACCUCCGACAGCGCUGGACAGAUCAGCGGCUGGUGUUUGAAGGCAACAAGAGCUUCACUCUGGACGCACGCCUUGUAGAGUUUCUCUGGGUCCCUGACACUUACAUUGUGGAAUCCAAAACAUCCUUCCUCCAUGAAGUCACUGUGGGAAAUAGGCUUAUUCGCCUCUUCUCCAAUGGCACAGUCCUGUAUGCUCUCAGAAUCACAACGACUGUUGGAUGUAACAUGGAUCUGUCUAAAUACCCCAUGGACACACAGACAUGCAAGUUGCAGCUGGAAAGCUGGGGAUACGAUGGGAAUGAUGUGGAGUUCAUGUGGCUGAGAGGGAAUGACUCUGUGCGUGGGCUGGAAAACCUGCGGCUUGCUCAGUACACUAUACAACGGUAUUUCACCUUAGUCACCCGGUCACAACAGGAGACAGGAAUUUAUACACAAUUGGUCUUACAAUUCGAGCUUCGGAGGAAUGUCCUGUAUUUCAUUUUGGAAACUUACGUUCCUUCCACUUUCCUGGUGGUGUUAUCCUGGGUUUCCUUUUGGAUCUCCCUCGAUUCGGUUCCUGCAAGAACCUGCAUAGGUGUGACUACCGUGUUGUCAAUGACCACACUGAUGAUCGGGUCACGCACUUCUCUUCCCAACACAAACUGCUUCAUAAAGGCCAUCGAUGUGUACCUAGGGAUCUGCUUCAGCUUUGUGUUUGGAGCCCUACUGGAAUAUGCGGUUGCCCACUACAGCUCUUUACAGCAGAUGGCAGCCAAAGAUAGGGGGACAGCUAAGGAAGUGGAAGAAGUCAAUAUUACUAACAUCAUCAACAGCUCCAUCUCCAGCUUUAAACGGAAGAUCAGCUUUGCCAGCAUUGAAAUCUCCGGUGAUAAAGUCGACUACAGUGACUUAACAAUGAAGGCCACUGACAAGUUCAAGUUUGUCUUUAGAGAUAAAAUGGGCAGGAUUGUUGAUUAUUUCACAAUUCAAAACCCUAGUAAUGUUGAUAGAUAUUCUAAACUACUGUUUCCUUUGAUUUUUAUGCUGGCCAAUGUAUUUUACUGGGCAUACUACAUGUAUUUUUGAGAUUCUAAUCUUGAAUUUUUUGCAUGCUGCUGGUCUUCAACAGAAUAAGGUAAUGAUGUAAAUGGUAUUCUAAUCCAAAUGUGCACUCUAAUCCAAUGGUGCUACAAGUAACUAAAAUAUUUGAGUAUUUCUCUGAAAAGAAUCAGUCCUCAACUAUUAUUCUAAGCUAUGUAGAAGUCCUAGCAUUAUGGGGUCUUCAGAUAGAAAUAUCAUCCCUUUCCCCUUUUAACUCUACAAAGGACUUCCAAAAACUACAAACCUACUCAGGGCUGAAUAUUUGGUCAGUGACUCCCUGGUCUGCAUUU